AUGGACGCCGUUACAAAAUUCCUCCAUAAUAUACCGCAGCCUCUUCAGUGGGGUCUUGCUGGUAUUGGUGCUCUCUUCUUGGGAUCCAAGAUCCUGAGCUAUCUCCAGCUUGUCCUCAGCGCUUUCGUGCUUGGAGGCACCAACCUCCACAAGUAUGGAAAGCCUGGUACCUGGGCCGUCAUCACCGGUGCCUCUGAUGGCCUCGGUAAGGAAUAUGCUCUGCAGCUCGCUGCCAAGGACUUCAACCUCGUCCUCGUUUCCCGAACCCUCUCCAAGCUCGAGAGCCUCUCCGCCGAGAUUCAACAGAAGUACCCUGGAAAGGGCCUGCAAGUCAAGGUCCUUGACAUGGACUUCUCCCAGAACAACGAUGCCGACUACGAGCGAUUGAGCGAGCUGAUUUCUGGUCUUGAUGUUGGUAUCCUCAUCAACAACGUUGGCCAGAGCCACAGCAUCCCCGUUUCUUUCCUCGAGACCACCAAGGAGGAGCUUCAAAACAUUGUCACCAUCAACUGCAUUGGUACUCUCCGGGUUACUCAGGUCGUCGCUCCUAUUCUGAAGCAGCGAAAGCGCGGUCUUAUCCUCACCAUGGGAUCUUUCGGUGGCUGGACUCCUACUCCUCUCUUGGCGACAUACUCCGGCAGCAAGGCCUUCCUCCAGCAGUGGAGCAACGCUCUCUCCGCUGAGCUUGCAGACCACAAUGUUGAUGUCUACCUUGUCCUGAGCCACCUUGUCACCACCGCCAUGAGCAAGGUCCGCCGCCCUAGUCUUCUUGUCCCCAACGCUCGCAACUUUGUCAAGGCUACUCUCGGCAAGAUUGGACUUGGUGGUUACCAGACUGCUCCCAACACUUAUACCCCUUGGUGGAGCCAUGCUUUCAUGCUGUGGUUCAUUGAGAACAUUCCUGGUGCCAAUGGUCCUAUCACUAUUUUCUUCAACAAGAGGAUGCAUGAGGAUAUCCGACGCCGAGCUCUCCGCAAGGCUGCUCGCGAUGCUAAGAAGCAGUAA